AUGGAGCCCCAGAAGGGUUAUCUCCGUCGUAUUGCGUUCUUUGUGUUUGAGAUGUGGCUUGCAACCGUCUGUGCUCUGGUCAUCUUAUUUGCGCUCGCGAGCAUUGGCAGGUCCUUGGACAUGCUAGAGAAGAGCUACUACACCGAGAUUGGAGUAGCUUCUCCAGGAGAUAGUAUCGAAUCUCAAGAUUCUGCUGAGGUGAAAUUUGUGUUGACAUUUUUUAAUUCCCAUCAUAUGGCCACUAUUUUUCUUUCAUUCUUCUGA